GAAGUUGUUGAUAAGUUUGCAUUGAAUGAUAUUAGGGAAAACAUUAUUUUAGCUGUGAAUGAAGAGUAUCCUAUUAAAGAGUCACCUCUAUUGCUGAAAUCAGGAGAUAUUAUUGCAGUAAUCCCACCAUUAAGUGGAGGGUAGAUUACAAUGGAUUACAUUAGACUAGUAGAAUCUCGUCUGAGUGUAGAUGAAAUCUCUGAAUUAGUGAAGUCUCCGAAAUGUGGUGCAAUCUCUCUCUUUAUCGGAACUACAAGAGACAACUUCGACGGUCUUAAGGUGUCAAAGUUACUCUAUGAGGCGUAUGACACAAUGGCAAUGAAGGCGCUAAAGCGGGUCUGCACUGAGAUCAGAAAGAAAUGGCCUGACGUAGAGAACAUCGCAAUAUACCACAGGCUAGGUGAUGUGGCAAUCAUGGAGGCAAGUGUGGUGAUUGCGGUGUCCUCGCCACAUCGGCAAGCGAGUCUUCAAGCCGUCCAAUUUGCCAUAGAGACUCUGAAAGCAUCGGUUCCCGUUUGGAAAAAGGAGGAGUACGAGGAUUCUGAGGCCGGAUCAUCAUGGAAGGAGAACAAGGAAUGUUCCUGGAGCAACCAAUCAUCGUGAUAUACGUUGUUGAGUAGCUUUAAGCUGUUGUUAGAAUUUAUACUAUGUUAGCGCUAAGGUGCAUGCACUAAAUGAAUACAGAAUUUAAAGUUUUGUGAUAUUUUCUCGUACAAUAUAUAUGUAUUUAGUUAGUAAUGUUAUGAUUCAACCUAGCUCAAUCAAGAAAUUGUCGUACGAACAAUACGGGAAUAAGCCGGGAAUGCAACACACUGAGAAAAAUGGGAAUAAACUAUAAAAACCCAUUCUAUAACUGGAAAAUUCCAAACGUAUCUGUCUCUAAAAAAACUUAUAAAAGCAAAAAUUAAUUCAAACAAAUUUUUGGUGUUUUGAUUGAUUACGUUCAUUCUAUUUUGUGAACGUAAUCACAAAAUAAACGUGGCCUGUAUUCAGUGAAAAGAGAUCGAGGAUGAGCAGCUAAUGAUGUUGUUGAUUUGUUUGUUUGUUUAUUUAUGUUUUUUGACAGAGCCUUAUGGAAAAAUGCAUGGUAAAGUGUCCACCUUUAAAUCAAUUUUUUUACUUAUGUCACUAAUAGUAUAGCAGAGUUGCAGAGUUGACCUUGUUCUAGUUAGUCUGAUUGUUGAUUAGUCUCAUCCUUACUUUGCGUCACGUUGUGAUGAAGAAGUAUAAGGCUACUCACUCUCACGAACAAGUUGUGACAAACCGCUGUUUUCUUCGUGUUUGCUUAUUUCACAGCCAAAGGAUAUCUUUUUGUCUAUAAACUCAGUACAGUUAUUGUAAUAAAAAGUUAAGUCAAUUAGUUGUGUUCAUGAAGUGAUUUUGUUCUUGUGUAAUUGUCUUUAAGGCAAGCAAAACAUGUU